AUGAACCAUCAACAUUUUAAUGAUUUUGACAUUGAAUUAAAUUUUCAAGAAGAUGAUAAUGCCCUUUCCAAUAGCCAAUUUUUUCCUGCCAAACGUUCAAAAGCAAAAUCUCCUACAUCAUUUUUGGUUUAUGAGGUAAUAAUGUUAUUUUUAUAACUUCAAUCUAUAAAUGAUAAAAACACCUACAUUUAUAUAAUCAUAAAAAAUUAUAACACCAUAGCAUAUAAAAUUAUUAAUUUAAUUUUCCAAUACUUGAUUUUAUUGUAUUUAGUUAGUGUACAGGUAAUUUAAAAUGUAUGUUACAGCCAUUUGUUAUGUACAUAUCCAAAAUUGAAAACAAUACAAAAGUUUUUAAUUAUGUCCAAACAUUUAAAAUAAUUUGUUAUCAUCAUUUUUGAAUCACUCUGUAUACAAAUAGAAUAAAGUUAAUAAUACUGUAAAGUUUCAAUAAGUUGUUUUGUUUAACAUAUUGAGGUAUGUUGAAUAAUUAAAAUAAUUAAUUUUCAUGUAAUUUACUAAUUUAUAUAAUACAUUUUUAAAGAAUAAUAAAAGAAAAUUUUAUUUUGCUAUGAUUAUAAAUUAUAUUAAUUUAAAUAAUUAUAAUAUUAUACCAAGAUAACAUGAUUAGGUAUUUAAAUUGGUUAUUAACAAGCUGCAAUCAGUAUUAAUAAAACUAUUAUAUUAUGGGUCAAUAAUUACAUAAAAAGUCAACAUAAUCAAUUUUUUACAGAAUGAGUUUUUACUUUUCUAAAAGUGUUUGUAUAAUAUAUAGUAAAUAUUUUAAGACAACAAUUUCGCAAUUAAAACACGUUCUCAGAACUAAAUAAAAAACUAGUUCCUGGCUGAACAAUGCAACCAUUUAAUGUUUUUCUACCCUAUUGCCAAGAAGAAUAAAAAUGUUUAUAUUUAUGGUUAUUUCAUUAGAAUUAUUUUAUUCUAUAUACACCAAGUUGUUACUUGUUACUAAAAAAAUAUGUUUGUUAAAAUAUUCUUUAUAUAAAUGUAAUUUUAUUUUAUUUAUAUUUGUUUUAUUUUAAUUUAAUUUAAUUUAUAUUUGUUUUAUUUUAAUUUUAGAUUUAGGUUAUAUUGGUUUUACAAGGAUGUUUAUAAUUAUUUAUUUUAUUCAGUAAGCAAUUUUUCUUCCUGAAAUCUCCUCUAAUGUAUCAAGUGAAGCACCUCUUCUCAAACGAAAUUUUAUCUAGUUGAUUUUUUAAAAAGGUCAUUUUUUGAUUUCCUAAGAGAUUUUCAUAAUAAUUGGAAAUAAAAAUUCUUAAAGAAAAACGGACAUAUAUUUAAGAUGCGAUACGGAAAUACCGAUUUCAUUAUUUUUAAUUUGUAUGAUUUAUGGUUUCUAUCAGAAAUCUUGAUUUAAUCAAAGCAUGACAAGGUACCUUUUUUGUUAAAUUUGAGAUCUAACUGGUUAGUAAUGAAUUAAUUUUUUUGUUACGACUUUACUAAUCUCUCCUACUAAAUCUUUCCUUACUAAUAUACAAUGUUGACACAACCCAUUAGGAAACAUAGAUUCAGCUUAAGUGGAGUGGUUUGGUGGAAUAUUGUACUUUUAGACAAACUGACCAUAUGAGGGCUACCUAUAUGCCACAUCUGUCCUCAUCCUUGUAGGGGACAAGUUAGUAAGGCCAAUGUAGCUGGAGGAUGAAUCUCAUUUCUGGUAUACUUAUAGAAUGUCCCACAGAUAGAUCCCACACAUAGAACCAUGUUACUGUAUUAUACUUAUAACACGUCCACAACGGGAGUGUGAGCCUUUCAUGGGAAUGUUAACCAGCUGCACAACAACAUGCUAUUGUUGGAAAGCUCAGAGUAUGCAUAUCUAGUCGGGUGGGGGGUGGUAGAGUAGGGUAUAAAUACCUAAGAAUAGCUUGCUAGAGAAGUCUUAACACUAUCAACCGCGAGCAUCUUCAUACCGGUGUCUUAUGAAAAUUAAAUUAAAAGUGUUUAAAUAUUUUUAACAAUAAAUAUACUUAUAUAAAGAAUUACUGUGUACAAUAUUUCUGACUUCGGUCAUAAGUAAACUUGAACUUGAAUUUGAAUUUCUCUCGCAACAGUUUAGAUUUUUAAACUAGUUCAUUUUUUUAAUAUGAGUCAAGCCUAAAAAUUAUUAAAAAUCUUAUAAAUUAAAGUAUUUCAAAAUAUAUAUAACAGGACUUUGUUCAGAAUAGUAUUUUGUUAGCAAUGGUUUAUUUUUGCUUACAAAUAUAAAUUACAUUCUCUUCUAUAUCUUAUCUUCCCACCUAUUAUCUACAACAAUGGCUCACCCAUUGUGCGAAGUAUGUCUGCGGUUUUAGUUUUCAAGUUAUUAAUUUUAAUAAUGAAAUAUAUUUCAUAAUAAUAGCAUAUUUUUGAUAUUUCAUAAAUUAAAAUUGUAUUGAUUUGUAAAUUAUAGGCACCUUUUACCCGAAAAAAACAAUUGUUAUCUACAAUUGUUCAUUUAGAUAAUGGUACAACUGGAUAUUUAAUAACUUUAAAUAAAAGAACAUGGUCGUGUCAUGCUUGUUAUCCUUCCAAAUUCACAUCUUUGACAUUUCUGGAAAAACAUUUAACCAGCAAUAGUCAUUUAUUAGAAAUGGGAAAACCAUGUUAUCCAGCUGAACAUUUUACCAAAAAAAGUUUAGAAAGUAAGAAAAAUGUAUUAUAUUUAAAUCAAGUUAAAUUUAUAUAAUUUUAAUAUUUAUGAUAUUUUGUAUUUAUAUUGUUCUAUAGAUGGCCUUUAUGUUGGUUUACCACCAAUAAUAUCAGGUGAACCAAUUCCACCAGGAACGGAAGAUGAAGAGGACAAUGUUUUAGCACGUAUUCAAGCUACAUUAGAUACAAUUUUCAUUCCAUUAGUAGGUCUUGAAUUUGUUAUUGAACUAUUACCAUCUGAGCGAAUGAAAGAAUCUAGCUACUUGUGUGCAUUAUGUGACAAACGAGGUGAUCUCCGAACUUUCCCUAACCAUUUACGGAGUUUUAAUCAUGACAUGGCUUACUUGGUAAGUACAUAGUGAUCCAAUUAUGUGGGUACACUCAUUACCUCGAAAAGUAUUAAUGUAUUUUCGAAUUUAUUUUAUAGAACACUUAAGAAACAAGCAGCUCUACAAUUUUAAAUUAUGAUAUUUUUGUCAUUCCUAUUUUUGGGGGUAAAACAACUAUCUAUUUUUGAUUUUCAAAUGAAAACCUAUUCUAAAAAUUCGAUAUGUUGAGGGAGUAUUAGUUUAAAUGCAUUUAAGUGUUGACAUUUUUGAUUUCUAUCAACCCAGUGACAAGAUAUUUAACUAUUAAGUUUGGGUAGUGAACUAGAAGUGGAACAUCUAGCGUAGUGAUAUGGCGUGUUGUAAUAUAAUAUUGCUCCAUUACUUUCCCUGACCCAAAUUUAAUAGUAGAAUAUCUCAUUAUUUACAAGAGUGUACUUUAAUGGAUCACCUUAUAUUUAAUUUAUAAAUAAUUAUUAUUGAUUAUGAGGAGGGUCAAGGACUUCAUGCCCUAUAAAACAUUUAAAAAAUGUAUACAUUUAUGGCCUAUAAAUUAAUUCAAUAUAUAAAAAUGUUUAUAUAUGUUUUUAAAUAUAUUUUAUUUCUGUAUUAAAAAUACCUAUAAAUUUAAAUAAAUAUAUUUAUAGAAAAUACAAAUAUAAAUUUAAAUUAAAUGAAUCUAAUGUUUAUGAUUCAUAUUUAUUAAACAUGCAAGUAAAUUAAUCCCAUUCUGAAUGAAUUGAAUGUGUAAAGAUUGUGGUCAAGAUGACAUGGAAAAAUACUUAAAAAUUUGUUUGACCUUUAUUGGCCCCAAAAAAGCUCAAAAUUUGAAAAUUAAAAAUGAAUUUAAUGUGUGCCAAAAAUGGCCAAAACUAUAUAUUUGUGCAGGACAUCAUACAUUAAAUUACUCAACAGUUUUGUGGGUUAUAUUUUAUGAGACGUAUACAGUUAUAAAACAAAACUAAAAUAAUUACACCAUAUUAUAUUUAUUUAAUUAUUUAUUAAUUUGUUUAUCACAUUUGUCUGUAUUCAUCAAUUUUAUAAAUUAAAGUAUUCAAUUUUACUGCUAGAUUAAAGUACCUUGUAUUAAAAUUAUUUAGUUUUUUGUGCCAAAUUCAGAUACAUAAGAAUUAUUGAAAUCGAAUAAUUUUUCAUUGAAUUAAUGGAUAAAAAUUAAUUUGUGAUAUUUUUGGUAAAAUACGGGGAAAGAGGUUAAAAAUUGCAUUGUGUAACUAACAUUUUUCAAAUAUUUUCGGACUAACACUAAAUAACAGUAUUCAGUAAGGACCAAUAUAAUUAGUGUUUGUUUAAAUAUUCUAUAAAUAUAAAUGAUUGGAUAAAACAUAUAUAUAUAUAUAUGUGUGAAGAAAAUACAAAAUAAAAAAAUUUCAUUAAACCAUGUUAUGGUAUUCAUAUACCAUUUAUAUUUAUCAUUGUAUGUUAUUAUGAAACAAAUUUCUAUAUAACUUGAAUAUGUUUCAUUGAAAAACAUAUGAACUAUAAAUGAUUUACAUUAUUAUCAUUUAAAUUAAACUUAAAAUUGAUUUUUUAAAAUAUUUUAUUGUAUAUUAGAGAAGAUGUUUUAAAUCAUUAACAUAUGAAUUGGACAAAUUAAAUAAAUUGUCUGAAAAUGGAUUUCAAGAUUUAGUCUUUCAUAUUAUUGGAAAAAUAGAGGAAAAAUAUGGCAGAAUGAAACCCAUAGUUGUUGAUGCAAGUCUGUUUGAUAAAUCUACUGAAAAAAUUAAAAUUUUAAGAAAAAUAAAUAAUGGAAAACAUAUAAUGUAAGUAAAUAUAUUGUUUUUUACCUUAUUUAUUUACUGAAAAUGGAUUAAUUUGUUAUUGUAUUAUUAUUGAAUAUUUAAAUUUCCAUUGGUUUGUUAUUAUUUAUCAGUAAUUUUAUUUACUUAAAAAUAAACCCUUGAAUUAACAUUUAAAUUUUGUAUAGUUAUGUAUAAUUUAUACAUUUAAAAGCUUAUACAGUAUAAGCCUAUUGUAAUUAAAAUGUUUAGAUUAUUGUUCUAUUAUUUAAAAUUUAGAGUGUAGUUCAUGAAUUUAUUAAUUUUACUAUUUUACUAUCUUUACUAAUCUUGUUCUAAUCUUCAAUUUCAAAGAUAAUUCAUGGUAGGUAUUUCAUUUUAUUGGUAUAUUAGGGAAGGUAUUUUUUGAUUUACUUUAUAGAUUUAUUAUUAAGGAGAACCUGAGAAAACAGUAACUGUUAUUUUUGAUUUAAUUUAUUGUUGCAAUCCAGUUAAAAAUUAUGAUAGGGACAUGAAAUUUUCACUAAAUACUUGUAUUAGUACUUUAUAGAUAUGGUCAAAUUUCAAAAAGUAUUCUAUGAGGUUUUUUUUUUUUGUAUUCUGAGUAUAGCAAAAAUGUGUUGUGUCGGUUUUACAAAGAUGUUUAAUAGUUUUAAAUUUUUUUAUGCGAAUAAUUUUUCUACCAGAAAGCUCAUUCCAAAUAUGAAGCAUAACAUAUUGUAUAAAAGGAAAUGUUCUCUGGGUAGUACAUUAGAGAGAUCAUUCUUUGAAAUUCUCAUUAAUAUUCGAGAUAAUAAAGAAAACAUGGUUCUAUAUGUUAAAAAAGGUUGAAAGAUUAAAAAUAAAGUUGUUAUUAGCAACCGGUUUUUAUUUAUUUUUGUUAUUAUUAAUGUUUUUUUACUUAAAAUUAAUAUUUUUAAAACAAUCAUUGUUGUAAUAGUUUUACCAUAAUAUGACAUAUAUUGUUGACAAAGCAACUCUAUCAACUGAACUCCAUUUAGAAUUGAUUUUUGUUAAUAAUCGUGUAUUGUUGCUUCUAGAUACACAUUAAAUUCCUGUUUGUAUCCUACCCUCCUAACUUCCAACCUACAACAGUGGUUAUACCCUUGUGUGAAGUAUGCCUGUCCUUUUUAAUUAUUAUGUCUAUUUAAAAUCGUCUAGUUUUUUAUUUUUAUUUUAUGCAUUAUUAUUUGCAUAUAUUGAUAUAACCAAACAUAAUUUUAGUAUAUUAUGAAAAUAAGUUUUUAAAAAAAUUAUCUUAAUUUAGAUUUUAGAAAGAAAAAUCAUAUUAAUGAUUUAAUUAUGUAUGAACUUAUUAAUUGAUUACAUAACCAAAUAAACAUAAGUGAAAAUUGUAUACAAAUUUAAAUUUUUUUAUAAAUAUUCUAUCUUUAAAACAGAGAAAGUGCAGAAGAUAGAUGGAUGUUGGAUAUGGUGAAACUAGAAUUUGUAGAAAAUCCAACUCUGCUACAUGAAAGAUGUAAGUAAUUUUUUUUAUUUAGUAUUCUUUUAAUAUCCUAACAUCAAAAAAAAAUAAAUGUGUUUAACUACCUACCAAUUUAUUGGUAUUUUUUAAAUUUGCUAUAAUAUAAUUAUUAAUUAUUUAUUUUAAGUUCCUUUAAAAAAAAUAACUGACAAAAAAAAGCGUGAACAUAAAGAAUUACAAAUUGGUGUUAAUGUUGAAUCGUAAGUAAAAUACUAAUAAAUAACACUUAACAUUUUCAGAUAAUUUUUAUGUUAUUUAUUAAUUAAAUUUAUGUAUAUACUAGUUCAUUUAAUGAAAAUCCCAGAAUUUUAUUUAAUAAAUCUCAAUUACAUGCAAAGAAUGAUAAAGAUGAAAGUGUUUCUGAUGUAGAAUUUGUUGAUAUUAAACCCAAUACAAAAUCUAGACGAAAAUUGCAUGUAUCAAGUAAUAUACUCUAUUUAUACAUGUUUAUAAAGUAAACUAUUUUAUUAGUGAUAAUAUUAUUUGUAUUUUUUUUUUUAGGAAGACAUUCAAGAAAUAGAGACCAUAGAUCACAUAGAAAACAUCAUCGGUCUAGAAGCCCCCGAUAUCGUCAUAAAUCACAUACCUAUUCAAGAUCUCCAUCUUUUAACUACAAUCGUAAUCGUAGUAAAUAUUCUAGUCAUCGGUAAUUUAGUAUUAAAUGAAAUAAAUAUAAAUAUUAUUAAACGAUUAUUUUUUAUAAUAGAGGCAGGUAUGGAAGGAAAGAAAAAGAUGAUCUAUAUGGAAGACAAAUUAAUCCAUCAUCUUAUGUCCAUCCUUUACACUCUAUAUCAGGAUAUGUUCCCACACCUCUGGAUGCACCUAGUAGAUCUAGAUUUUACUCUCCAAAAUUGUGUUCCACUGAAUAUCAAAUACCAAAAGAAAAGUAUCUAAUUUUUAUUGAUCUAAAAUGUACUCAUAAGUUAUUUUUACAUUAUUAUUAUUAUUUUGUUUUUUUUUUUGCAGUAUUAUAAAUAAGAAAAUACUAGAAUAUAAUAAAGCUGUAGAAAAAAUGAAAAUUAAAAUGGAGAAGAUGUUAAAUUAUCACAAAAUGAAUCCUGAAAAUCAUCCAAUGUAUUUAGAUGAAUGGAAAAAGUUUCAGAAGCGAAAAUUUAAAGAAUUAAAACAAGAAGAAAAAGAUCCAAGUACCCAUGAUUUUAAACCAGAAUGGUUUAUUUUCUGGAAUAAAAAAAUACAGGAAAUUCACAAUGAGAAAAUUAAUGAUAACAUCAAAAAAUUGAAAAAUAAAAUAGUAUGUGAUGUUGAUAUAGAUAUUAUGGAAAUUGAUGAAAGUACCUCAGAAUCAUCUUUUAAAGAUUCUUCUUCUUUAAGUAAAAUAGGGCAUACAGCUGAUUUAAAAAAUCCAUGGAAUAAUGGUCUAGCAUCAGAAGUUAUAGAAAAAGGUUCCAAAGCAGUUCACAAAAUGUGUGACAAAACUACUAAAGUUGUUGAAGCUAUUAAUUCUGACUCUGAUGAUUUAAGUCAUGAACUUACUGAUCAAAACAAAUCUAUAGAAAAAUUAAAAAUUGAAAAUCCAUUAAGUGUUAUUACCGUAUUGCAGCAGUUAAGUGUAUUAGAAAAUCAAUUAGGUUUGUUGGGAUCUAAAGUAGUUGAUUUGUUAUUUAAAGGUCUUGUAAUGGAAAAAAUUAAACCCAAAUCAUCAAUUAAAUUACUUAGCCCUGAUAAUUGUGUGAUAUUUGAAACAGUGAAAGAAAAACUUAAAGAAUUAUUGCUAGCUGGUGUUGUAAAAAAAAAUUUUGUAAAUGCUACUAUAUUUUCUAUUCGCAAUAUUGAAAAACUAAUGCAAAUUUCACCUAAGUUUGUUCCUACUACAAGCAUGUUGAAUUCUUCAUCAACAUCUACAGAUACACCUCUUUCGAUUACAAUACCUGGUAUUGGUAUUGUUGAUCAAACGGUUAUUGUUCAAAAAAUAACUCAAGCAUAUUUAACUCAAGGAAAAGUUAUUGUAACACAAGAAGAAUUGAAGAAUCUUAUAAAUCCUGUUGUGGAUUUGGCUCAGCCUGGAGAUAAUUCACAAGCAACUAAAAAUGUAUUAACAAGCAUAAAUAACAAAGAAGUAUUAAAAACUGCUUAUGAUGAAGUAAUUAAGAAGGAAGAAGUUGAAGAGAAUAAUGUAGAUCCAUUGACACAGGGUGACAUAAUUAACUUAUUGAAAAACUUCAAGUAUUUGACUACUCUUGAACAAAAUGGACUAAUAACAUAUUUAAAAGAUAUAGGGGAAAAAAAUCCAGAAGAGGUGAAAAAAUUCAGGAAGUAUAUUUGUAUGGAGCCAUGUAACUUAAAAGAAGUUACAUCUAUGUUAGGGUUAGAUGAAGAUGAUGAUGAUAAUUAUGAACUUUCAGAAGUUUGUAAGGCUGUAAAGGAAAAAAUAGAUGAACAGAUAAAUGAAGAUUUUAAUGAAUUUUGA